AUGACUCAACUCUUCGGCAUAGAUUUUGCACCGCUUAAUGUGCCUUUGGAAAGACGACUUCAAACUUUGGGCGCUAUGCAUUUCUUCAUGAUCUCUUUACUACUACAUGUGUUGACGAUUGGGCUUUUUAGCGUAUAUUAUGUAAUAGCACCGUUCCAGUUGUUCACUGUUUUGUGGCCAAUCUCAAUGGCUUACUUUGUUUGGUUGUACUACGACUGGAAGUCCCCGAAACGUGGUGCUUACCGUUCCACUUGGUUUAUGCGUCAGCGCAUUCACAACUGGUAUGCAAACUAUUUUCCGGUGAAACUACACAAAACGGCGGAAUUGAGCCCAGACGAGAACUAUCUAGUAGGAAGUCAUCCCCAUGGGAUCAUAUCAAUGUCGGCUUUCAUCAACUUUGCCACCAAUGGAACAGGAAUCCUUGAAAUGUUUCCUGAGAUAAGUUUUCAUGUCUGCACACUGGUGGGGCAAUUCUAUACUCCGUUCCGUCGCGAGUGGGGCUUACUACACGGAAUGAUCGACUGCAGCCGUGAAAGCCUUUCCCAUGUUCUCAGCGGAGAGAAGGUAGGCUGUUCAAGUCUUGAUCAGGAGGCCCAUCGCGCCAUGAACACGGCGACGCUGGGAAAAGCUUGCGUAUUGGUAGUGGGUGGAGCCGAAGAAGCGCUCGAUGCACAUCCAGGCCAUCACAUUCUUACGAUUAAUCGACGAAAGGGAUUUAUUAAAUUAGCUCUGGAAACUGGUGCUCAACUUGUGCCAUGCUAUUCUUUCGGAGAAAAUGACAUAUUUCACCAGGUAAUUUUUAUAUUGAUUGCAUUAGGAGUUUAG